AUGGCUCCCAAGGCAAUGAAGUUCAGGCGCGCGCUCAAGAGCGCUGCACGCUUCCCUGUGCGCGGUGCUGGUACUCUCGUCGGUGGCGGCCGCGGGAGCGGGCGAAAUACGCUUUCGCCUAUCACAGGAGAGGACCCCAUAGUGAUCCUGAGGCUGCAGAUUCUCGGUUGCAAGGGCAUGUUGGCCAAGGAUAGAAACGGAGCAAGCGAUCCAUUCAUCGUUGUGUCUAUGUUGAAUUCGCGAUUCCAGACUCCCGUGGCGAAGAAGACACUUCAGCCAAUCUAUGCGCCCAAGGAUGCGACAUUUGACUUUCCCAUCUAUCUCUCCCUGGCCGACAGGCUGGGUGUCUUAGAGAUGGUCGCCUGGGAUAAGGAUAUGCUGAUGAAGAAGGACUACAUGGGCGAGGUCGCUUUGCCCCUGGAGGAUUGGUUCACAGAUGACAGGCCGUAUGGCUUUGAUGAGCCAGCCACAAACACUCAGCCAUUCUCAUUAAACCUUGUUUCGACAAGAGAUGGAAUAAAAGCCGCCGGGUCUGUGCAAGUUAAACUGGGCUUCGUCUCGCCGCCCAAGACACAGAAUCUUCUUGAGUUCGAUGAGAUCUUCUCAGAACUCAUCAGACGAUCUCGGCCUUCUUUGGUAUCUGCACCACCAACGGAAGGUGUUGGCACUGUGCGCUCUCACGCCGGAGUGGCUGACUACGAAGAUGACGGCGGUAUCUCAUCGGAUUCUGACUCUGACUCUUCUGACGAUGAGGAGUUUGCCGAUGCUCUAGACGACAACGAUACCGUCCUAACCCCCACAGUCAACACCGCGUCCUCAACCCCAGCGACUAGCUUCUCCACUGGUCUCACUUCGCCUCUUACCCCUACCAAUACCCCUGCAUCACAGGAAGCUGAAUUUCGUGCUUCCCCUCCUCAGCUCAAUUUGACACCAGCUACACCAGUCGCGUCUCCCCCAAACAAGAGGCUUCCUUCACCAAAAAUUGGGACACCUUCUCCCAGCUUUAUGAGAAUGAAGUUUUCACGACGGUCGACGUCGACUUCAAACCCUACCAGUGAGACUUCUGAUACAGGGACGCCCCCAGGUACACCAGGUUCAGGUUCUAGCAGCACACCGGGCACAAGCAGUGGCAGCGGUAACGAAGGUGCUGGUGGACGUAUGAAACGGAAGAAGCAACCGUAUAGCUUCAGCGGGCCAAAUGAUAUCGUCGGAAUCGUUAUGUUGGAGAUCAAGUCAGCCGAAGAUCUGCCAAAAUUGAAAAACAUGACACGUACAGGAUGGGAUAUGGAUCCCUUUGUCGUCAUUUCAUUUGGCAAGAAAGUUUUCCGGACUCGUGUUAUUCGUCAUUCGCUCAGCCCUGUUUGGGACGAGAAGCUGCUCUUCCAUGUCCGGCGAUAUGAGACGGCUUUUAAAGUCCAGCUCACCAUCUUAGAUUGGGACAAACUUUCGUCGAAUGAUCACAUCGGAGACGCCAGUUUUGACCUCAAGGAAUUGUUGGAUAACGCACCUCAGGCCGACGAAGAGACUGGGCUGUACCCUUUCACUGAUGAAGAUCAAGCAAUGUCGGACUUCAAGCUGCCUUUGACAACCGGCAAAGAUAUGCCCUGGGAGUCUAAGCAUGCCCCAGUUAUCUCUGUUCGCGCUAUGUAUCAGCCAUAUGCCGCUCUUCGUCAACGUUUCUGGCGACAGUUCCUUAAGCAAUACGACACUGAUGAUACAGAAACGCUAUCUCACAUUGAGAUAACUUCCAUGCUCGAUUCUCUUGGUUCGACCCUCACCCGCUUGACCGUCAACUCGUUUUGGACGCGUUUCAACAAAAAUUCUCAUACGGACGAAUUAACCAUCGCCGAAGCCAUCCAAUGUUUGGAAGCGGAAUUAGGUCGACCUGAUAGUGAAAAGAAGAGGUUAGACGCCGAUGACGCCCUUCUUGACAGUAGCGUUAGUGCGACGCCCAUGAUCAUGAUAUCGGACAGGGAAGGUAAUGAACUACCACUGGACCAUCUUGACUUUUCUGGGCCACCAAUGAGCAUCUCCGUGGGUCCGGAAACCAACGAUGUGGUUAGUGGCACGGAAAUGAAGGCACAACCAAGUGCUUCAGGGCCAUACACAACUGAGCCUGCACAGCAGCCUCUUGCGCAUGCUGCUUCGGGGACGCCUAUGGGUGAAAUCGCCGACCCUAUCGGCGGAAUGGCUAGGCAGGGCUCUUAUUCAUCUUCUGAACCGGAGGAUGACUCCUCAGGCUCCGAUGAAUCGUUCGAACGUGUUAUCAAUGUCAAGAACUGUCCACUGUGCCAUCGACCCAGGCUCAAUUCGAAGGCGGAAGUUGACAUCAUUACCCACCUUGCCGUCUGUGCAAGCCAGGACUGGAACAAGGUUGACCGCAUUGUUGUAGGCAACUUCGUUACUGCCAGUCAAGCUCAGCGGAAAUGGUAUACGAAGAUCAUCGGCAAGAUUUCGAGCGGCGACUACAAGCUUGGUGCUAACUCCGCCAAUAUUAUCGUUCAAAACAGGAUGACGGGUCAGUUAGAAGAGGAGAAGAUGCAGGUAUACGUAAGGCUAGGUAUUCGAUUGUUAUACAAGGGGGCUAAAGGUCGAAUGGAAGGCAACGGAGCCCGGCGUCUAUUAAAAUCCUUGUCAAUCAAACAAGGAAUUAAGUAUGAUGCGCCUGAAUCUGCCCGCGACAUUCCUACCUUCAUUGAAUUCCACGGACUCAAGGUGGAUGAGAUUCUAGAUCCCCUGGGUUCAUUCAAAUCCUUCAACGAAUUCUUCUAUAGGAAAUUAAAACCUUCUGCGAGGCCUAUCGAGAAGCCCAAAGAUCCUUAUCGGCUUGUCAGUGCAGCUGACUGUCGUUUGAUGGCGUUUGAAACCGUCAGCGAAGCGACUCGCCUGUGGAUCAAAGGUCGUGAAUUCACUGUUUCCCGACUGCUAGGCGACGCGUAUAAGGAUCAAGCAGAGCGAUACAAUGGUGGUGCUUUAGCCAUCUUCCGACUAGCGCCUCAAGACUAUCACCGAUUCCACUCACCUGUAGAAGGUAAGAUUGGACCCAUGAAGUAUAUUGCCGGCGAGUAUUAUACAGUCAAUCCGCAAGCGAUCAGAACGGCUCUGGAUGUUUACGGAGAGAAUGCGCGUAAGAUUGUUCCUAUCGAUAGUCCUCACUUCGGCCGCGUGAUGGCUGUUUGUGUUGGUGCUAUGAUGGUUGGGACUAUCGCGACGACUGUGAACGAAGGUGAUUAUGUUCAGCGAGGCCAAGAGUUUGGGUAUUUUGCUUUUGGUGGAUCAACCAUUGUUAUACUGUUUGAAAAGGGUGCGGUGGAGUGGGACGAAGAUCUGUUAAUCAACGGUCGGGCCGCCCUCGAAACUCUUGUUCGUGUUGGGAUGGGUAUCGGCACGGGUGUCAAGAGGGGAUAG